AUGUCACGUCUCAGAAGAACUUUAACCCUCUCAAACUAUAGAGUUGAAAGAAAACUUGCAAAAUUUAGAGAAAUUGAGAAGAGUUCACCGAUGCUUCCAGUCUUGUCUGAAAUUCAUUAUAAAAACGGUUAUAAAGAAACAUGUAAAUUUAUUUAUAACCAACCUAAAAAAAAGAUUGAAGAUCUUAAGAUUGGAGAUGAUGAACCAAACGGAUUAUACAUUUAUAAAUUCUUCUUGGAUAGAACUGGUGGUCUUCAUACAUUCACAGGGUUUGCAAUUGAAUCCAUGAAUGAUUUAGAAAAAGGUAAAAAUAUUUUCUAUUAUAUGGAUCCAAGAUGUAAACAAUUCUUGAAAGAUCGUACAUUUAUUAAUCAAUUACAUAAAGCUGAAUUUAAACAUGAAUUUGCUCCAAAAUCAAAUGAUACAAUGACUGUUUAUAAUGCGCCAUUUCAUUUAUUAGUCGAUGGUUAUUUACAAGAACAAGCUAUUGAAAUUGAAUUAUAUGAACAAUUGAAAAGAUCUGAACAAGUUAUAGCCGCUGUCGAAGAAGAAGAUGAUGAAGAAGAUGAUGAUGAUUCCGCUGUUGAUUCAGAUGAAAAUACAUCAGCUGACUCAGAAUCUACAACCUCAUCAAAUGAAUCUACAUCAGAUGAGUCUGCAUCAGAUGAGUCUGCUACUAAUGAUGCUACUACUGAUACUACUUCUGAUAUUGUUGUCGCUGCUCCUAAUCAAGAAACUUCAGUUCCUGCACCAGUUGAAUCUUCUACUGAAGUUACCCCAACUCCAGUGGAAGUUGAAUCAGUUGAAGUUACCCCAACUCCAAAUCCUGAUGUUCCAACCUCAGAUGCUUUAACUGUUCAAACUCAAGAGAAAUCAUCUGAAGUAUUAGCAGAAUCAUUUCAACUUUUAGGUCAAGCUUUUUGGAAAUUUUUGAUUGUUCUUGGUAUGUUUUUAUCACAAAAUUCAACACAUAUUGGAACUUUUUUCAAAUUUUUAUUAAAAAUGAUCAUUUUAUUAUUGGCUUAUCUUUUACAAUGUCUUUAUAUUGGUUUAAAAUCAAAUGAAUCAAAAAAUGAAGACAAUGAAGAUAAAGAAAAGGCUAGACAAUCAAUUUCUUUUAAUUUUUAA